AUGACCGGCGAAUAUACUUGUGGGCGCUGUCUGCAGGUGCUCCGGCGAAGGGCUGUUGCCCAGAACUCUGUGGCUCGCUGGCAUCAAGUCGCCAGUCCAAGGCGAGGGGGAUACGGCUUUCCCGCUUCAUGCGUGCGGAGCUUGAGCUCUCGGAGCAGUGCUUCCUUUAAGUCCAGGCCUAUACAAGCCCCAGUCCGGCAGAAUACUCUAUCGUCCAAUUUGUCGGCCUCCUCAAUUGCAUCGCAAAAUGUCAAGUCGAUUGUGCAGAAGGCCACAUCUGCCACAUCUGCCGCCUCGCCAGAGGCUCGGGCACUUCUGAAGCCGAACAACCUGUUUCACUCCUUCUCCCAGUCUCCAGCAGCUGCAAUCCGACAGCGUGCGGCUUUUAUCAAGCAGAACGCCUUCUGCCCCCAUCCGAGCCAUCAGCAGACUCGUUUGCCCCUGUCCCCCCACGAUCCCGAAUCGCGCAAGAGCCAGGUGACCUCGGAGAGUCUGCCUCCCGCGCACUCUCAUUUCGAAUGUCCCGACUGCGGUGUUCCGAUUUACUGCUCCGAGGGCCAUUGGAUGGAUGAUUUCGAGGCCCAUCUGGAGAUUUGUGAGACAAUUCGACAGAUCAAUGAAGACGAUCAUGAUCUACACUCCGGACGGUUUUUCCCGGAGUUCUCGUACCCCGGACUGCAGGACGAUAACUUCGUCAUUAACAUGACGAAUUGGGACACUUUCCUGUACACACGAGAAUUUGAGGCGAUCAACGAUGAUCGGAGCAUGCGACAAGUAACGAGAAUGCUCACCUACCCUCUCACAAUUGGAAGUGUUUUGCAUGAGCUGAGCCCUUACAAUGUCCGGAAAGAUGGCAGGCUUACCGUGGAGGGUCUCAAGAGUGUCAGCGCGCUCCGGUACACCCUUCACCCUCCCAAGACCGGCGAGGGCGUCGACAUCCAAGGACUACGACUCAAGGCUCCUCCCGUGCGCAUAUUCAUUUUGGGAGCUCGCGCCGAGUCCUCGUUGCCGCGCGAAGUUUGGCUUCAACUUAGCUACAUUUUCCCGCGCUCCCUGAUCCAUUUGAUCUUCAUCGGACCGGAGAGUAUGGCCAACCGGGAUGAUGAAUUCCCACUACCCGAGCGCACCUCCGAGAAUCCCUUCGGUGGUAUUGUGGAGGACAGACUUGGAGGACAGUUCAAGAUUACCACGUACGUUGACUACUUCCACACAAUGUACAAAGCGCAGUACUUCCAGCCCUUCGAUCCUUAUCUGGACUGCUUCAUGCUCUUCCACCCGGGUCUGGGACACCCGGCCAGCUCCCACGAAUGGGAGGAAACGCUCCCGCAGCUCCUCGAGACCAAGGUCCCCAUCAUCAGCACGGGCUACACGCAGUGGGAUAUGGAACGUGACAUCAACUGGGUCAACGAGAAGUGUGCCGGUGAAUUCGACAUUCUGCUCGAACCCGGUGAGAACGUUUUCCGCAGUUUGCGUUGGGAUCUCAACGAUCUGGAUCCCCAUGACGUGUCCUGCGGUAACUGGGGUCUUUGGGCUUUCAGAGGAAAGAGGUACGAGGCGACUUUCAAGGAUCAAUAG